AUGAAGAAUACCGAAAAUGAACCGUUUAUGCUCUCAUCAGAUCAAUCUCUCAAGCCAAGAAGACCCAAGUCUCGGGAAGUAAGCUCCAGGUUUCUCUCGCCAACCUCACCUUCACAUAACAGUGGAACCCCAUCUCCAAACCAAGGUUCCUCCUCAUCACCACUUCGCCCUAAACCCUCCUCUGAUGGUCGAAAGCAUCGGAGCCUUGAUGAUCCUGGAUUCAUUCGAGGCCUUUGGCCUUCUUCGUCGCCUUCACAAUCAUCAAACAACCAAAACAAUCAAGGCACUCUAGCAGAUCAUCUUGGAAAUGCAAGAUUGAAAGAUUUGUUAGACCACAAGAAAGAUGAAAAACCCACGAAGAGUAGCAGUGUGUUUUCACUUGGUAGGCAAAGGAGUACUGGUACUGUGUUUGGUAGGGUUGAAAAUGAUAAAGAGAAAGAGAGCACAAAAGAAAAUCAUAGACCAAUUCUUGGAGGAUCUUCGAGAUACACAGGGAAAUUUCACUUCCCGGGAAAAUCUUCUUCUUCUUCAUCGUCAUCCUCCUCCUCGAAUUCAUCGUCUAAUAACAAUCAUGUUUAUGUUCCUGGAAGAUUAUCUGUUGAUGAAAAUGCCCUUUAUAAAAAUUCGAAAGAAGUUGGUGCAUCUCGGAGAAAUUCGGAUAUAUUUGAGGAUAAUCUCGAGUCAGAAAUAUCAGAGUGCAGUGAUAAACAUUCAGGAAAUGAUCUUUUUUCUCGAACUUUAGGAAGAAGUUCUAGGAAAUCUGGUGUAGAGGUCUCUUCUAAAUAUAUGAAUGAUAUACCAACAAGGCCACGGAGAUGGACAACGGAUGCUAAUGCUCAAACUGCAGUAUCAUUAGAGUCUUCUCCAAAAAUGAAGAAACUUACAAUGAAGAAUGUGAUUAAGAGAGCUAAUUCACUUACGGGGUAUGGGAGUGCCACAUCCCAGUGGGCAUUGUCACCAGGGCGAUCAGGGUCACCGCCGAUGUCAGUGGAAAGCAAGGAAAAGCUGAUGUCCUUUUCAAAUUUGAAACCGCCAUCAAAUCCGUCGAGGACUAAAGGUGUUGAGAAAUUGCUGAAUAUGGGUCUGGACUUGUUUAAGGGUAAGAAAUCUCUGUCAUCUAGUUCAUUGCUCUCAGGAUCUGGGAAUGUUGAGAACAUUCAUCAGCUAAGAAUGCUUCAUAAUCGGCUGAUGCAAUGGCGGUAUGCAAAUGUUAGAGCUGCUACUGUGAACUUGAACAUAAAUAAGCAAGUGGAGAACAAUCUGUUAUGGGUGCUGGAUAGUCUUUCAAAGCUUCGACUUUCUGUCGCACAAAGGAGAUUAAAGCUUCAGAAGGAAAAGCUCAAGAUGAAGCUAGACUUUGUACUUCACUCUCAAAUCAAAUUGUUGGAAGCUUGGGGAGACAUGGAAAGGCAGCACUUAUCUUCAGUUUCAAAGACUAAAGAGUGUUUAUAUUCUGUUGUUUGCAGAGUUCCCCUCAUUGAAGGUGCAGAGCUUCCAUCGCACUACGACAUGCAUCAGAUCUCUCAGCGUCCAUCAAAAACUACUAAACCUAUCACACUACGUCGGCGCUUGAUGCCUCCUGUUUAUGUCAUCCGAACUAACCUUGAAAUUCUUCCUUAUCAUGCUGAGCAGACUGUUGCACUUCUCUCACAAUUAGCAGAGGUGGUUGCACAAGAGAAACUACUCGUGGAAGAAUGCCUAGAACUUCUUCAGACAGUAUCUGCACUACAGAUCCAAGAGAAAAGUUUGAAGUGCUAUAUAAUCCAGUUCAAUUCGAAGCAGCAACAACCGCAGCAGCAAGAACAACAAUCACAGCUACAAGAAACCCCUUCUUAGGCAGAAAUACAGGGAAUUGAAGGAGAAAUUUCAGUAGGUGACUAAAAGGGGAGGCUGUGAUUGAAUAGGGCAUGAUAAAAUGUAAUGUAGA